CUAAAUUAGCAAUUGACUUUCCAAUGCUACUGACUCUACCUCUUCAGCUGGCUCACUCCAGCCAUGCCCACCUGAGACAUAUACGGACACGUUUCUCAUCUAAUGCAUCGUGUUUCAGCAAUUCCAGUGCCCCAGAUUUGGCUCUUCCCACUGAACCAGAGUCUAUAAUCCCUUCCUACAAUUGUCUUGUAGCCCCAGGCGCGUAUUUAUCGUUACCGUCGUCUCGUAGAUCAUCGGCUUUCUCGAGCUCCGACGCCCUGCCUGAUGCCAACGUUAACCUCCAUCUCCACCAUAUGGAUAUGGAGUCUGCGUCUCUUGCUCCUGCACCAUUAUCACCAAAUCACGCACACUUACAAAAUGAGAACCAAAAUGAAGUUGGCUGCGAGGCCGGUUUCGGGGAUUUCAACAUGUAUGACUGCGCGGAUUGCACUGCUGCGAAUGCCAACUUGCGUCGCCGUUCGUCAUUUGAAUCCAUAGUUGAUGAUAUAAACAAAUUGUAUGACUUGACUAGUACCUUCAAUCCCAUUUCCGAUGCUAUCACCAUGUCGGUGCAUAUCAGUUCUGAUGGCGAAGAACAUCACCAAGGUCUGGUAGUCACGGGGUACAUGAUAAUUGAGAAUAGGGGUGCCGAGCCUAUUCCCUUCGAAAUGUACUACGUCACCUUGGAGGGCUCAUCUACCGUACUUGAAACAAGAUACACUAAGUACAGGAAGAGAAAGCAGCCUUUGCACGAGCAGAGAUUCUUGGAAAUGAUUGACUUCACUGGCUCCUACAAUCCUAACCUCUUUGAUUCAGACUUGUUUGCUGGUUCUGGAUCUGUAUUGUUGCCAGGCACAACAUAUACCACUCCCUUUUGGUUCAGAAUCCCCCAUCAGCUUGUGGAAUCAGCCUGCCAGCACAAUCCUUCCACUAGCCAUUGUCAAUUGCCUCCUAGUUUUGGAAUCCCGUUAGGAUCCAAGACUGACGUCAACGACCACGCCUAUACGGACACUUCCAUAAGUUACAGAGUAGUUGGCCGUUUUAUAGGCAGAAAACAGGACUAUGGAGCUACUGAUUCAGUCGACGAUUUGGUUACCUUAAAACUGGCUCUAGGCUACAUUAGAGUAGUGGGCCAGUAUAAAACUCCACCCAAUGUCAAGAAUUCACUGAUGGUUAAACCUUAUUUCGAUUUGAUGAGCAAUCUUCGUCAGAAAGUCGAAGAAGGCAAGGAAAUGAAGCGGAUCCGGGCUAAAAAGGAGCAGGCUCCACCUCCAUAUUUGAGAGACGAGCCUAAGACCACAAAAAUGGCGUACAGUCCAGUUUACCGAUACAACGACCCUUCUCCCGAUUAUUCAGUGUAUGCUGAUAAUAGUGAAUACGUCUUGAAGCUCACUAAGAGAGGUUUUGCUGGCGAAAAGACUGUUGGAUCUAUAGGUGUUUAUGCUCCCAACACCGAAGUGGUUGUCAAAUACAUUCCACCUCAACAAUUCAGAAAUCUGCCUGUCAACUCAAAAGAUCUAGACACUUGGACAUUGAAGAUUCCUGUCACUCUUGACGUCCAACAAUGUGGAGACUCCAAACCACAGAUCAGAUCUAUUCGCACCGAGUUGGUGAUGAUGUCUUUGAGAUCUGACGAAUGUGCUAUUCCUUUUGAAAUUGACUACGAUUUGAUUCUUGGAAAAGAUAGAAUUACCAGUCGUGAUUGUGACGAAGACCGUUCUUACAAACACAUCAUCAGGCCCAUGAAAGACGUUGCCACCCAAUUGUACAAACUCAGCAAGGAGAUUGGUACCGAAACUUUGCAGGUGGAGAAGAGUGCAGCCAUUGAUUUGAGAAGUGUAUGUAAAUUAAAGGAAAAAUGCACCGUUGUGACUGUGCAAGAUGUUAAAGUUGACACUGGCAGUGAUUUGUUUAACGCCACCAACGGGUCCAAGUUAAGUACGUGGCAGAGCAAGAAAACCGAGAAGUCGAAUCGCCAGUUCAAUUUGUUGGUUAACCUUGCAUCUACAAGUGAGCUUAAGAAAAGCAAGACUGGAGGCUACGACGAACAUUGUUUAGUUCCAACUUUCCAGUCUUGUCACUUUUCCAGACUCUACUAUGUGCGGAUCUGCUUGGAAUUCAGUUACCACAACGAGCAGUACGCUUACAUCAAAGUACCAGUUAUUGUGGAGAACAGCUAAAAAAAAUUUCUAAAAGUUCUAAAGUAAUUUAUUAUUUGUUUGGGUAUAUAGAAGUAAUUAGGUUCAAAAUGGGUAGUCAUCGAUAUUGGGGAUGGCUCAUUGGGUUU